AUGAGCGUUGUGCCGUUGCAGCCGAGCGACGUGCGCUUCUCACUGCUUCCGACUGGACAGCAGGACUUGCUCGCUCGACCAUCCGGAGCAGGAGCAGGAGCAGGACUGAGUGCAAGUGGUCGCGGCCGAUCUUCCCGCCAUCGCACUCGUGGCGACAGCGACGACGACGACCGCUUCAACAACGACUCUGCCGCCGACCACGCGAAGAUCGAGGCCGACCUGGAGCAGACCGAGAUCGCCCACGAGCAGCUGCUGGCCGGGUGGCCUGCCAUGGGGCGCUUUGCCGAGGAGCGCGACCAGCCAAGCUUCACGAGCACCACCACUAUGACCCAAGCUACUACUACUACUACUGUUGCUGCUGGUGGAUCCGAGUCGGACCGCUUGCUGGCUUGGACGCUGAGCGGCGACUUGUCCGCCUUGACCGUAACGCAGAUGCCAGAGGGAAGGAUGGUCGCAACGCUCCACGCUUGGGCAUUGCUGCCGGAGGCCAUUCGCGCCGCUGCGCUGGACGGCUCGCUUGCCACGCGCGGCCAUCGCUCUGUGCGAAGCUUGGUGAGCGAACGCCAGUCGAGCGCGAACGCAUCGUCGGGGGUUGCUUCAUCAUCGUCGUCCAGUGUGUCGUCCUCGCUGCUGUCCGAGUCGCCGCUCCGUUGCGUUAUCACUGCUGUGGAGAUGGCCCCGUUCACGCUCAGCGUCACUGGCGAUGACUCGACACCCCCGACAACGCUUUGCGCCGCCGUCACCGUGCUUGAUCCGACACCCACCGCCCCGCACGCGGUGGUUGCGUCGUUUGUGAGCGUUUUGGAUCCGUUUUCUUCACGCGUGCUCGUCUGUAUCGAGCACGUCGAGCCCAACACACCUAUCACUGCGCUUGCGGCCGUGCCGCUCGAGCGCGCCUGGUUGGCCGAGUCGCAUCCUGCCAUCCGCUUGCUGGCUGGUGGGCUGGAGUCCGAGUCGGGCUCGCCUGACGCGUUCGCUCCCAUGCAAAUUGACGAAAUUGCCCCCGUGGAUCCAACGGCAGAUCCGUGCCAAGUGGUGGCAACUUUCUUGGCCGUUGGUUCCAAGUCUGGUCGCAUCAUGAUUUUGGACUUGUCGCCACCUUCGCCGGGUAGCGGCUCGCACAAUGACGGCGACACGACACCAAGCACUGCCAUCUGCGCCCCGCAUGUCGUGCAGCCAGACAAGAACAAGUUUCCUCAAGAUGCAAGCCAGGUCUUCCGCUCGCUGUCGAACGAAAAUCGUAUUGCCAUUUUCAUUCCGGGCUUCAGUCCGCAAAGUGGCGCCGUCACCUGCAUCAAGUACAUGCGCAACCUGCACGUCCUCGUCGCUGGCAACACUGCCGGCCAGUUCCAAGUGCGAGAGCUGGUCACCGCUGCUCUGCAGGACGGGCUCACGUGGCUUGUGGAGCCCGACAAGGACGAGUCGCAGUCUCCCUUGGCUCGGAUCGUGUCGCAUCUCUGCAUCCAACUCCCCGCCAACGAUGAUGCGUUCGCGCAGCUCUGGGUGGGCCGCGGAUUGCUGCCCCAUCUGGGCAUGUUGUCGCUUGUCGCGCUUCGCCAGCAACGCAACCAGCAGCGACCGAACAGCGGCGGCGGCGGCGACGGCGACGCAGCGACGAAUGUCCUGCUGAGCGACUUGCCGAACGGCUCCGUCUUGAACAUGCUGUUCGGAUUGGAGCUGGAUGCCGAAGUCUCGCCAUGCGUCUCCUCUGUCAGUCUGUUCCAGCUCGAAUACAAGGCUGGUCAUGUCGUUCAGGGUCGGCCCCGCUUCCGACAGCUCAAAAGCAUCACCGAGCGGUUCCGUCACCCCCUGGGUGCCGAGACCAUUUCUGCCAAAGGAAGCGACAGCGACGACGCGAGCGCAUUGUGCAGCUCUCGCAUCAUUUCUGUGCGUUUUCUGGGCGAAAGUUUGCGGGCAAGAUCGGAAGCAGAGCCCGAGGCGGAUGCAUCCGUCGCAGCCAUGUUUGUCUGGGAGUCCGUGUCGCCCGCAUCUGGCCGAACCGUGCUGGCAGCCCUGUUCGACUCGGUCGAAUGGUACAAAAACCGGCAGCCACCAAGCGCACGGCUCACCAAGCCCCGUUAUCCCGUCAUCUCUGACCUUGAUCUCGUGUCCGCCGCUUCCGCUGACAUGCCAGCGUCUGAGGUCGAAGCCCUGUCCGCGCAGUUCUGCUCAUUUUUGAGCUUUUAUCGGCUGCGCGAGUGCGAAGCGAACGCGGCGCUCGUUCUUGCCGAAACAAGCCACUCCGUUGCGGCGCGCACGCUCAAUCGCCUGGCCAAGCUCGACUCUGUCAUUUCCGGUGUGCCCGAGACAUUGCAGACAGUCUUUUACGUCCCCACGCUCGAUGUGCUUGUGGAUGUUACCAGCGUCCACAAGUUCGAGUCGGCUUCCAUUGCGGGUGUGGAUGUGUCGGCGACUUUUGAUGCGGCGCAGACCCAGGCCGAGGGCUUUUCGUGGCCAAUGCCCUUCUCGUUCAACGCUGCGUGCCUGCAUCCGGGUGUCGCAUCCACCGUUGACUGCGCCGGCUACCAACAAUCCGUGCUCACAGCCAUCGCGCGUCUCGGACCGGAGGUCAUCUCUCGCCCCGAUCUGGUCAUGGGCGAAUGUCUGACUGCAGGUCUUGUCGCGCAUCCUCCGCGAAACACCAUGUUGCUUCCCGACACCCACCGCAAGUUGCUGCUCGACACCAUUUUCGACAAUGGACUUUGUUCGCUCAUCCGCGAUUUUGUGACGCUCAAGGGGUCUGACGGCCAGUAUCUCCUGUCGCCGCUGCCCGUCUUGGAGUGGGCCCGCAAUGCGCUGCGUUCCCUGUGCCAAGCCAUCUCCAGCGUGCACGAAAGCUUGGCCGAAGAGGACAAGGCCGUGUCUCCCGAGGCCCUGCGUAACAAUUCCAUUCGCUCGCUGCACCAGUACUUGGCCCAACUCCAGCGCCUCCGUGCCGUGUUUGGGGCGCUUUUGCACCGCAAGACGACCGCCGAGGGUGAGAAAGACCUGCGUGCCAAGAUGAACGAAUCGGUUUACAUUGCUCAGCAUCUUGAGCUGCUUCUCUGGGCCGUCGAGAAUGGUCUGCUUCCCGAAAACCGCGACUCUGUCGCCUCCAGCAGCGCGCCCAUGGAAGUGGAUGAAACGCCGGCGUCCAACCGCGUGUUUGUCUUCCCCGCACACACGCUGAAGAGCAAAUUUGAUCGAUUGCGUGCUUCGUCCAUCUCGCCCAUCCUGUUCAUCGACCGGAUUGUUUCGGAUGCUGCCACUUUUGACGACACUGCCGCCCGAGCCUACGCUUCCUCCUCCUCUUCCGCCUCCUCUUCGAAUGGUGUUCCGUCGUCGGUCGUCCCGCAAUCAAAGUCCGACGCCGAAUCUCCUUCGUCCAUUCCUUACCCGCCGCAAUCGCUGCUCAUGCUGUUGAACAGCUUGCACAACACUGGAGUGGGCGCAUCGGGCUUUGUCGGUACACGCGCUGGUGCACCCAGUUCUGCCGUGCACGAAAGCUUUACCGCGCGCGCGUGCUCGCGCCAGGCUGUCGUCUAUUAUCUUUUGCAAGAUCUGCUGGCCCUUCAUGCACCUGCAUCGCCACAGUUGCGCCGCUUUGAGCUCGUGGUCGAGAACUUUGUUCGCACGUUUGCCUUCCCUGUGACGCAGCGCAAGUUGGUCCAGGGCUUGUGGCGGCUCGACCACGGCGAGUCUGCCAUCGUUCCUUUGCUGAGUGACCCGACCGUGCAACCCCUGGUCGCUGGCACUAUGGCGGUGCACAUUGCGCGUGCCCUGCAAAUCCAAGGGCGCCAUGUCGAGGCGUUGCAGUUCCUGCGCGCGUCACCUGUCGCGCCGUUCCUUGUCAACCUCCGCGCCAAUGUGCUCUAUCUGCAAGUCCUCCUUGCCAACAAUCUUGUGGUCGAGGCUUUUGAGUUUCAGCAGCUUUGCCAGGGCCGCGCCAGCUUGCCGGCAGAGGCCAAAGAAAUCAUUUCGGCCUUCUUUGAGGGCUGCCAUUCGGUGCGCGCGUUGGAUUUGGUCUUGCGCCUGCCUCUCUCUGCGACCGAAGAGCAAGUGCUGGUCGACUCUUUGCCAUCCAUCUGCCCUGACAAGGCGCAGGCGUUCUUGAGCAUGUUUUACCUGCAACGCGCGCGCUACGUUGAAGCGUACCAGUCUGCUCAGAAAAUCUCCUCCUCUAUCGACCGCGCGGCGGCGUCAUCGUCCUCGGCUCCAGCAUCGCAGCUGGCCAUGGCCAAGAAAGUGGCUGUCAAACUGGCCGAGGAUGCACUCCAACUCCUUCCGCAGUCCCAAGCGCACCUCGCCAAGCGUGCCGAUCUCGCCGCCCAACAGCAGCAGUUUGAACGCCAGCAAAAUCAGCUCAUCCAGCAAGCACUGCAGCCGGCAAAGGCCCCAGGUCUUUUGCCCUCCAACACCCUGGCACCUGCGGCGGCAGCAGCAGCUCGCCCUCUGCACAAGAUUGUGUCGGCCUUGAAGCCGGUGCCGCUGUCGGCCAUUCGUGGCGGGCGCUCGGCUUCGCUGUCCCAACCAGAGUUGGUCGAUGCGCUCAUGGCUCGUGCUGCUGUUGCUACAACCGUCCUGAGCGAGUCUGCGGCCUCAGACUUGGCGCUCCAGCUGGGCAACGGCAACCCCAGCACUCCUCCGCCGGCGAACGCUGGCGCGAGUGGGUUUGGAACCCCUCAGGCACUUGUGCGCGCACCAUUCACCCCGAACCGGACGCCACUCAUGAGCGUCGAGCGCCUGACGCGUGUUGGUGACUCUGGGCUGGAUGUGACCAUGGUAUCACCACCUCCGUUCGUGGCUGAGGCGGAGGCCUUCUUGCUGACCCCGUCGUCGGCGCGUUCCGUUCGUAAGGCUCUUCGCGUCGCCAGCCCUGCUGCGGGAAGUGCGGCACGAGGAACGCCGACCGCCGCUCGCCGCACUCCUUCAUCGCAGCAUCCUAUGCAGCAGUUCUCACCUCGUUCUAGGAUCAAGACGCUGAUUCCGGUCAAUCUCACUGAUGUCUUCCAACAAGAUCAGCAGCAGCAGCAGCAGCAGCAGCAGCAGCAGCAGCAGCAGCAACAGCAGCAACAGCAGCAACUGGCCCUCUCUCAACCGUCUGCACAGUCUUCGCCCGUUCGACCAAAGGCCGUGCUGCCCGAAAACCGCCUUGUCUUCCACUCGCCGUUGCCCAAGGAAGCUGUGCCGUCCGUGCCAAACAGUGCCAAGCGCGUGGCACAAAGCACACCGCAGUCGAUUCUCAAGAAGAAAUCCGCCUACUCGUCAGACGUUGUUGGAUUGGGUCGCAGCAGCGGACUGCCCGAAUUUGCGGCGAGUGUCGCUCAAGACGAGGCGCCAGAGUCAGAGUUCCAAGUGCCAGACAUUUCGGCGGCAGCGCAACCCCGAGCGGUGCUGCCGCAUAGCAUGCACCUGAAAACCCCUCAGGGCGCUCGCAGGACGACGACACGCCAACUGCAGACAAAACAGGUCGAGCCGCAGAUUCCCCAGACGCCCGCAACAAUCCGCCGCAAGCGCCUGACCUUCAAGCAUCCUCUGGUCCUCGACGAUCCCAACGAUCCCCAUGCCGCCGAGUCGGCCCAGGAUGCCGCCGAUGACAUUGAUCACGAGCUGCCCGAGGCCAUGGACGAUGCUGCUGACGACGACGAGCCUCCAGCGAGCGAACCCUCGUUUGCAGACCAUGUUGCCAACUUGGAGGAGCACCACUCGACCGUUCCCAUGGUGGAAGAUGAUGGAGCUGGCACCGAGCCCUCGCCACGCCAGCACAUUUCUCCAGCAGCAGCAGCAGCACAUGCAGCUCCUGCUCAACAGCCCGCUGCAGCGGCGGCACCUGCAUUUUCAGCGUUUGGCAGUUCGCCUUUUGCCCUCGCAAACCGUCCGUCCUCCACACCUGCUGCUCGAACCGCGCUUGUAAACCCGUCCUUUGACGCGAUGGAUACGUCGGCGGCUCCUUCGCAACCCAGUGUGGAGAGUGUGGCGGAGGCCAAGGCCGGCCCUGCUCCCGCCAGCUCGGCGCGCGCCACCCGCAGCCACGCUGCAAGCGUCCCUUCAUCCACCGCUACGACUCCUGUUGCGACCACCGAGCGCUCUCGCAAGACCCUUGUUGUGGACAACACGGCGGCAACGCCGGGCAGCGUGAGUCGCCGUCGCACAACGCGAAGUGCCGUUGUCGAAGCCGAGCCAGCAGCGACAGCCGAGGUUGUUUCAACUCCGGCUGCUGCCACACCACGCACUUCCACCCGAGCUCGCGCUGGCAAGGACCGAACUGAGGCGCCUGCUCCAGUCACCCCCGCCAGCAGCUCGCGUGUGCGAACUCGCGCUGGUGUGCUGGCUGCCCCUGAAGAGGAUGACGAUCCACUCGUGCUUGUCGGCACGCCAGCUGCGACACGUAGCCUCCGCUCAACGGCCGCGCGAGGCACCCGAUCGUCGAGCGACUCUGUUGGCAGCAGCGCCUCCACGAGCGCCAACAACAGUGACGAUGAUGCUGCAGCCGAAACUCGCCGUUCGCUUCGCUCGCGUGCAGUUGUUCCGUCAGCGACAACAACUGCAGCUGACGAGGAGCCGACGCUUCCGACUCCCAGGUCGCGAUCAGGGCGCGUGACUUCGGUGAUGCACCAACUUCCAGCCACCGGGUUGUACAUCGAGCCUGUGGGCUCGCGCAAAGUCAAGGCUGCCAAUGCAAGGCUUUCCACCAAGGAGCGUCGAGGCAAUCUGUGA